CAUAGUUUUAAUUCUGAGAGAAUAUAUUGUUUGUUUUAAAGUAUUUUUUUAAUUACAAAUUUAUGAUAAUGUAAGAAAAAGAAGGUACAUUUGGAUGUAAGAUACAAUUUGCCACAAAGCAAGUCUCUCACACUUGUCUAGUUCGAAAAAAAGGGUAACAAGGGAAAAAUAGGAUCCGCACCCUUCAUGUUUCUUGCUGCGCUCCGCCCUUCAUCCAAAGCCACGAAGCACAGACCCCACGAAUCUCUCUCUCUCUCUCUCUCUCUCUCUCUCUCUCUUAAACCCCUCAACGCACUAGACAAUGCCAGCUUCAUCAGAGGCGCGGUCCAGGUGGAAGAAGAGGAAGCCAUUGAUUUCUCGGAAGCCCAGGCCUCAGCAGGAAGACGAUGGGUUUGAGGACGAUGAAGAGGAAGAAGACCAGGAUCAGCAGCAGCAGGAAAUUGAUGAGGACCACCAAAACCCUAGCAGCUCUGCUGAUCGGGCCGCCUCGGCCAAGGAGAGUGAGCUGCUGGCCGAGGGUGGGGAUAGGAUCUGUGAGUUCCCUCUUGUGAUCAAGCGUGCUGUUGUGUGUCCCCAUUCGUCUGUGCUGAAUGUGGUUGCUAUGGAAAUGGCCGGGCAAAGUGGGGAUGGAAAGGGCCAGGGGCGGGCUAGGGUGGUUUUGGAGAAUAUUUCGCACGGGCAACUUCAGGCGACCUCAGCUGUGCCAGCUGAUUGUCCGGCCUUGGGACUGGAUGAACGAGGAGAUGGAAGUGGAUCGUAUGUGAUUACACCUCCACAUAUCAUGCCGGGAAGUGGUGUGGUUAAGAGGUUUGGAAGUGCGGGCCGCAUUCAUGUUGUCCCAAUGCACGCAGACUGGUUUUCUCCAAAUACUGUACAUAGGUUGGAAAGACAAGUAGUUCCACAUUUUUUCUCUGGGAAGUCAGGUGAUCAUUCACCUGAAAAAUACAUGGAGUGUAGAAAUCAAAUAGUUGCAAAUUAUAUGGAGAAUCCAGAAAAGUACCUGUCGGUGGCUGAUUGUGAGGGGCUAGUAGGUGGUGUUAGUGUUGAUGAUAUAACUAGAAUUGUUCGGUUUCUUGAUCAUUGGGGAAUCAUCAAUUACUGUGCUAAUCGUCCUAAACUUGAGUUGCAUAAGGAUGAUACAUACUUACAUAAUGAUGCAAAUGGGGAACUGUGUGUUCCUUCGGAAACUUUGAAAUCUAUUGAUAGUUUGAUUCGUUUUGACAAGCCUAAAUGUCGGCUCAGGGCAAGAGAUGUUUAUCCAGAUCUUGGUAAUAACACUGACAAGGAAUCUGACUUUGACAGUACUAUCAGGGAGCAACUGUGUGAAAACCGAUGCAACUGCUGUUCACGGUCUGUUUCAAUUGUUUACUACCAAUCCCUGAAGGAGGCUGAAGUGCUAAUGUGUUUGGAUUGCUUCCAUGAGGGAAAAUUUGAAAUUGGUCACUCAAGUUUGGAUUUUGUCAAGGUCAGCUCUAUGAAAGAAUAUGGAGAUCUAGAUGGAGAAACUUGGACUGAUCAUGAAACACUGCUUCUUUUGGAAGGGAUGCAACUCUACAAUGAAAACUGGGUCCAAAUUGCGAACCACGUUGGCUCUAAGUCAAAAGCACAGUGCAUCCUUCAUUUUGUACGCCUACCUCUUGAUGUCACGUAUCUGGAGAACAUUGAGGUUCCAAGCACAUCUAGAUCUGUAAGUUCUUGCACUGCCACAGAGUAUGAAGGAUCAAGUUUUCAAGGAUUUGGUUCUGAUGACAAGUUUCCUUUUGCACAUUGUGGAAAUCCAGUCAUGGCCCUGGUUGCCUUUCUGGCAUCUGCAGUAGGACCAAGAGUUGCAGCAUCAUGUGCCCAUGCAUCUUUGGCAGCUUUAUCCGAAGAGGAUAACUUACCAACACCUGUAAAUUCUGGCCAAACCGAUGGAUCUAGACCAAAUAAUGAGGUGACAGUAGGAACAAUGCAUGCUAGAGAAAGAAAUUCUUGCGAGGACUUGUCAAACACUAGUCAGUGUAAAGGCAAAGGAACUGUACCGUUACCUAGUGAAAAAGUCAAAGCUGCUGCCAAGAUUGGUCUUGCCGCAGCAUCUAUGAAAGCUAAACUUUUUGCUGAUCAUGAAGAACGUGAGAUACAACGACUAUCUGCUAAUAUCGUAAAUCAUCAGUUAAAGAGAUUGGAGCUAAAGCUGAAGCAGUUUGCUGAAGUCGAGACAUUGUUGAUGAGGGAAUGUGAACAGAUAGAGAGGACUAGGCAACGGAUUGUUGGGGAGCGAAAUCUUCUGAUCUCACAAUUUGGAUCAACUAUGGUGUCCCGUCCUAUUGGUCUAUCAGGUGUUACGGGGACAUCAAUGAUGAAUAAUGCCAAUGUAAACACCAGGCUGCCUGUUACAGCCUCCCAACAACCUUUCAUGUCUGGUUAUGUCAAUAACCAACCACUCCAUCCCCACAUGCCGUUUAUGCCACAGCAAGGAAUGUACGGACUUGGGCCACGUUUGCCACUUUCAGCUAUACACCCGUCCUCGCCCCCUAGUCCUAGCGUUAUGUUCAAUGCCGUACCAAAUUCUCAACCCAUUCUUGGUCAUUCCAUGCUUAGACCUACUACUGCAUCUGGCACUAAACCUAGUUUAGGGUAAUUCACCCUAAGUGGCUCGGCAUUUGCGAUCAGUUCUUUUACCCAUCUUUGUGGUUUCUGUAACAACUGUGUCGUUACACGAUACAACGGCUCCUUGUUCGGUUUCCUUGUACCCACUGGCACUCUCAGAGGCAUUUGAUUAUUGUGUGUGCUCGGUUCGACCUCACCCCUACUUAAUUACAUUUUUUUGGGACCAUCAGCUUUAUGUAUUGUAGUGGUUAUUUUUAUUUUAUUUUGUUUUUGCAACCCAAGGCUCUAUUGUAAUUUAUCACAUUUCCUAUCAGGGUAGGGUACUAUAUAAGCAGGCAACUAGAUUUUUUUAUAUAAUCCUGUACAGGUAAAUUGAUUCAGAGAGAGGAAAUGAAAGCCAAACAUUGUCUCUAGCUGGCAUAUCCGACACAAUGAGAAAACCUCACAUUCUCUUUUCAGAAAUGUCUUUUAUGCCAUGUGUAAUGACGGGCUUGACGGGGUUUAAAAAUGUAUGAUGUGGGUUGAUGAAAAAUGUGUGUUAUGGUGAGUGUGAAGGAAUGUGAUG